AUGUCGGAGGAAGCGAGCGCGGGCUCUGCCUCCGAGUCACAGGCCUCACAGGCCUCGCAGGCCUCACAGGCCUCACAGGCUAGUGCUGGUGGAGAGGCUAUCGACGAGGUGCUGGCCGCAAAUAACCCCGACAGCAAGAAACGCAAGUACCCAGAGCCCGGCUUCCCAACUGAAAGGUCAGGAGCAGUCGGAAAGAAAGGUAGCUACCCGGUCGGGUUCAAACUCAAAGCGGUCGCAUUCACACGCGUCGUCUGCGAGGACGGAAAACCGGUGGGAAACAGCGGUGCAGCGAAAGUUCUCGACGUGCCCCGCAGGCGUAUCGUCGAGUGGGUGCGCGACGAGGAAUCGCUCAGAGCCAACGUCAGCGCCAACCCCAAGCUGUCUAAGGCCAAGCAAAUUCACGCUGGAGGCAAAGCUUCGACAGCCGACAUCGAAGAAGCCCUGGUGGAAUUCAUCAACGAUCAGCGCAAGCAUCACGUCGGCUGUGAGGAGGCGUUGGCUUUCAAGUCCAAAUUCAAGAGCUGGUACCAACGUUUCCGCAAACGGAACAAGUUCAACAUCCGCCGGCGUACAAGCGUGGGCCAAAAGCUACCGAAGGGACACGAGGGCAUGGCGUGGGCGACGUUGAUGAAGCUGCGUAAGGCUCUCCUGGAGCGUGCUGGCGAGAUCUACGCUCAGCGCUACCCGCCUGCACCUGGCGAGAGCCCCAUCAGAGGGGAGGACCUGAGUUCAUCGCAGCUGGAGUUGGUGACCGACGAAUUGUUCGAAGAACUGGGCAACAUGGACCAGACGCCAGUCCAGCACGAACGAGAUGCCGGAGGAAAAGAGAAGGAACGCUUCACGCUCUGCCUGGCUGUCUCGGCGGAUGGCAAGAAGGUCCCGCUGCGCAUCAUCUUCAAGGGUACGCCUUUCGUCCCGCCUGCCACGCCCGGGAAGGGAAAGGCGACUCAGCCGCGGAAGAACUCUAUCGCGUGGGAGGUACUUCCUGCGAACCGCUCCAAGCACGGGCUCCCCGUGGAAGGCAUGUCCUUCGGGGUGCAGGAGAAGAGCUGGUGUGACCUGCGGGAGUGCAAGCUCUGGAUCAAGGGCAGCUGGAAGCUCCGUCCCAACAACGGCAGCAUCGUCCGGCAGCGCCGAUGCAUCUUGGUGCUGGACGACUUCAAGUGCCACAAAGACGAUGGCUUCAUCGCCGCCCUCAAGAGGGAAGCCAACACCAUCGUCAUCUUCAUCCCAGGCGGGUUGACUCCUCUCCUUCAACUGCUGGAUCGCAUGCUCAACAAGCAGAUGAAGCGGCUGCUGCGGGUCAUGUACACGGCACACACGGCAAAGGCGGCCAGGGCCCCCAAGACGGGCAAGCUGGCACCGCCGGGGCGUGGGGCCGUCGCUACUUGGUGCAAGAACGCGUGGGCAUCCAUCACCCCCGAGACAGUCAAGACUUGCUUCAAGAUCUGCGGCCUCACGCUCGCGCUCGACGGCAGCGAAGACCACGCCUGGUGCCUGCACAACUUCGGGGACGGCUACCGCGAGCUCCUGGAGCAGCAGCGCGUCGAAUGGCUUGCGGAACACCCCAACGUGACUCUGCCGCCGCUCCAACUUCCGAAGGUACCAGCCGAAUCAACCGCCAAUCACAUCGAGGCUGCAGCAAAGGAGCUCGAGGCGGAGCUUUUGCCUCGCGGCGACGACAGCGACAUCGAGAUUGAGGAUGACGACAGCGAUGUAGAAGUCGUGGAAGGGGCGGGGGAUGAAGAAGUGAUCGAGCUGUAA